AUGAAGACCUCUCAGAUCUUGACAGCAGCCGUUGCUGUCUUGGGAUUCGCAUCAUCGACCGUUGCCCAACGAGGUGGCAAUCGAGCCGGUGGAAACAAUAAGAACAAGGGCGGUGCUGGUACAACCGCAGGGGCAGCAGCUGCCGCCGCAACUACCGCCGCCGCCGCCGUCGGCUCGAACAGUACAGCAACUAGCAACACUGGCGGAAAUACAGGCAACACUGGCAACACUGGCGGUGGCAAUGGAGGAAACAACGAUCUUCUGCUACUCGCCGCCAAUGUGCAAAAUGCCAGCAACUCUCCUGGCGGUGCUGGCGACGCUGGUCAGGCACCUUCAGAUACUGACCCGGCCAACUUCAUCAACUUCUGCACUGGCAAAACGUUAACGAAUGGUGCUCAAGUCACUGGAGGAUCCUGCAACGGUAUCGUUAUGGGCGACAUUCCAUCCAAUAGCAACAUGGUUUCGUCCAUCAUUCUUUUCCCCGGACCUGGAGACGAUCUGACCCCGAACCAAUCCUUCAACAUUCAAGUUCAAAUCACCAACUUGGUCGCCGGAUCGUUCACCGAUCCCAUCACAACAUACUAUGCUGCUCCUCAAGCACUAUCAGGCGGUAACGUCGUCGGCCAUUGCCACGUCACAGUCCAAGAUCUCGGCGGGGACCUUGCCACCAAAACUCCUCCUGACCCCAAGACUUUUGCCUUCUUCAAGGGCAUCAACGAUGACGGCAAUGGCCAAGGUCUUCUCCAGGCCACUGUUACCGCUGGACUUCCGGCGGGUGUUUACCGUGUUUGCACAAUGAACAGUGCUUCCAAUCACCAACCGGUGCUGAUGCCGGUUGCUCAACGAGGUGCACAAGAUGAUUGCCAGAAGUUUACUGUCGGCCAAGGUACUGGCAACGGUGGAGGUAACGCUGGUACCGGUACAGGUGCUGCUGCCAGUGGGAGUGCUAGUGCUUCGGACGUUGCUGCCGCUUCCUCCACUGCUGCUGGCGCUGGAACCGCCGCCACCACCACCGCCGCCACUGGAGCCACCACCACAGGCACCACUGGAAACACGGGCAAGGGCACCGGCAACACGGGUGGCACCACUGGCGCCGGGCGUGGAGGCCGAGGAGGAGCAGGAGGAGCAGGUGGCCGUGGACGAUUCGGACGAGGGAGAGGGAGAUUUGCUGCACGGGACUACAUUGCAUGA